AUGGACGCAAAUCCAAGCCCGCCCACUGCAUCAGAUAUCUUCCGCUACCGAUACCAACAUGGUGCAAACCUCGGCUCUAUUUUCGUCCUGGAGAAAUGGCUACAUCCAAAAAUGUUCGAGAAGGAUGCCCAGGGAUCCAGUGAGCUGGAAGCCGUCAAACAAUCCUUAAAGAAAAACGGGCUACUGGCCACCCGCCAAAAAUGGGAACAUCAUUGGCAAUUUGCUCUCACUGAGGCAGACCUCAUAUGGCUCACAGAUACCGCCAAAUGUAACUCUAUACGCCUGCCAAUCGGCCAUUUCACCCUUGGUCCACAUUUCUGCAAAGGAACGCCUUUUGAGGGAGAGACUUCACAGGUGUACAUAAAUGCUUGGAGCGCGGUCAAGGACAUAAUCAAGAACUGCCAUGGCCAUGGCAUCGGGGUCCUAAUAGACCUCCAUGCUCUACCUGGCGGCGCAAACAUAAACGCUCAUAGUGGAACAAAUACCGGCAAGGCUGAACUAUGGACGUCUGAGCAUUACCUCAAAGUUGCAAAAGACUGCAUCAGGUUUGUUGUACAGGAAAUCCUCACUGACCGGCUCUCAAACGUGAUUGGCGUUGAACUCUGCAAUGAGCCAUCUCGAGCCGCCAGUUCUGCUGUGUUCAAGUGGUACGACGAUGUCCUGACUAUGGUGAAGACCAUUGACCCAUCGCUACCGAUAUACAUUGGUGACUGCUGGGAUCUCCCUACAGCCAUAAAAUAUGCCUUGGCAAAGAACAACCUUGAAAAAGCCUCUAAUCCCAUCAUCGUCGACACGCACAAAUAUUACACCUUUGCAGCCCAUGAUCAUGCACAAGCACCACAGCAAAUCAUAGAGCGAGUCAAAACCUCCCUUGGUGAUAUUACCAAAAACCAGGGAAGUAUUGCAUCGCGCAAGACAACACUGGCGGUAUAUAUAGGCGAGUACAGCUGCACCAUGGACGGCAAAACAUGGAGCAAAGUCGAUGCUGAACAUCGUCCAGCCCUAACACAACAAUUCGGUCGUGCCCAGACAAACAAAUGGCAAGACGUGACAAGCGGAUCGGCAUUCUGGACAUUGAAAAUGAACUGGAUGGAUGGAGGAGAUUGGGGGUUUAAGAAACAAGUCAAAACUGGCGCUGUGGUACCCCCGCGUGGUCUGACGUUCUCCUUCGACAAGAUCAAGACCAAGUGUCGGGAAGCCAAUGCUUGUAAAGAGCAGCUUCGAACUACUGCGCUCACUCAGCAUGCGAACUAUUGGGAUAAGAAAUCCUCAAGCACAAAGUAUGAGCACAGGCGUUAUGAGCGAGGAUAUGACCUCGGGUUUAGUGAUGCCAUAGCGUUCCUUUGUAGCAGGAUCGAAGGCAAAUUACCAAAUACCUGCCAGGUUGCGGGAGGAGACAGGAUUGGAGCUCUGGAGCUCUGGAUCGGUAAACGUAUGAUUGAGGCUGAACAGUUGGGUAGCUCUUUUGGAUGGGAAUGGGAGCAUGGAUACCGGAAAGGGGUGACGGACUUUGAGAAGUUGGUUUAUACAUGA